AUGGCUGGCAUGUCUGGCAAGGCCCAGGGAGGAGAGGGUGGGAGUAGUAAAGCAAAGAGCGGGAAGCUGCUGCUGCUGCUGCAGCACGGAGAGCGCUUCCUGGAUUUGAUUUGCAGCGGCAGAUAUGACCCGUCGAGAGACGUAGGCGAGCAGCUGAGGGAGCUGCAGCAGCUGCAGCAGCAGCAGCAGGUGCUGCUGCAGCAGCAGCAGCAGCAGCGACAGCAGCGGCAGCGGCGGCGGCAGCAGCAGCAGGAGGAGCUCGAAGGCGAAGAAGAACUAGAGCAGCAGGAUGACUCCCAAGAACAAGAAAAAAACAGCAGCAGCAGCAGCAGCAGCAGCAGCAGGCGUCGUCGUGGGGGUCGUUGGACAAGUAGCGUAGCGGAUGAGGAAGGGGAGGAGGACGAAGAUGGGGAGUGCGGGGCUGCAGCAGGAGCAGCAGGAGCAGCAGGCGUACCUGUGUCUGCAGCCUCGGCAGCAGCAGCAGCAGCAGAAGUGUGUGUACCUUCCUGCGUGCUGCUGCCCCCUAAGCCUCACCAAGUAGAGGGCUUGCGCUGGCUGGCGCGUCUGCAUGCAAAGGGUCUGAGCGGCCUCUUAGCAGACGAGAUGGGGCUUGGGAAGACGUAUCAAACGAUUGCCUUCUUAGGCUAUCUGCAGGAAUAUAAACAUAUCCAAGGGCCGCACCUUAUACUCGCACCUAAAAGCACCAUCGGCAACUGGAUGGCUGAGUUGCGUCGGUUUUGCCCGUCUUUGGGCGCCGUGAAGAUAUUAGGAGAGAAGGAGAAGAGGAAGAGGCUGCUGCACCACCUUCUGUUCGCAUGCAAGCUUGUUAAAGAGACGCAGCAGCAGUACCAGAGCCGCAAGCAGCAGCAGCAACGGCAAUCUGCAGCAGCAGCAGCAGCUAGGAGCAGGGCACAAAGCCCGCUGCUUGAACGAAACAGCAGCAACAGCAGCGGCAGCAGCAGCAAACAGCAGCAGCGGGAAGAUGAAGAGCCUGCAGAGGAGGACGACGGCGACGAAGAAGCCUCCCAACAGCAACACCAGCACCACCAGCAGCCUCAGCAGCAGGAGAAGGAGCAGCAGCAGCAACAGCAGCAGCAGCAGCAGCAGGAAGGAGAAGAGGAGGAGCCUGUGCCUGAGACUGUCAGCGUCGUCGUUGCGUCUUACGAAAUGUUGAUGGCGGAGAAAAAUAUUUUGGGGCAAAUUGAGUGGCAGUAUAUCAUCAUCGAUGAAGCACACAGAAUUAAAAAUGAAGCAGGGAAGCUGGCUACAACUGUUCGUCAGUUCUCAUCGAAAUAUCGGCUGCUGCUAACGGGAACGCCUUUGCAGGUAGGACUGCGAGCAGCAGCAGCAGCAGCAGCAGCGACAGCAGCAGCAGCAGCAGCAGCAGCAGCCGAUUCCCGUCUAAACAACCUGAGGGAGUUAUGGGCGCUGCUGCAUUUUUUGCUGCCGCAGUUGUUUGAAUCUGGCGAAGAUUUUUUGUCUUUGUUCGAUUUAAAUGCUGCAACAGAUGAGGAGGGGGUGGCGCUCACGCAGCAGCAAAUCGAAGAAAGAAAUCUGGCGAUUGUUAACAGACUCCACAGGAUACUCAGGCCUUUCAUGCUUAGGCGAGUAAAGAAAGACGUGCUGCAGGAGAUGCCUCCAAAGAAAGAAGUUAUUUGCUUCGUGCCCCUUUCAGCGAUGCAGCGUACUUUAUACCGGGAUCUGCUUACGAAGAAUGUGGCGGCGCUGCAGGGCGGCGAGGGCUGCGGCAAAUCGCAGCUCCGCAAUUUAGCGGUGCAGCUGCGCAAAGCCUGCAACCACCCGUAUCUCUUCGAAGGCUAUGAGCCGGAAGGCGAAGACCCGUUUGGCGAGCACGUGAUAUUGAACAGCGGGAAGCUGCGUUUUUGCGAUUGUUUGCUGCAGCGGCUAAUAGCUGGGGGCACAAACUUAACUGCUGCUGAUACAGUCAUCAUCUACGAUUCAGAUUGGAACCCACAGGCAGACCUGCAGGCUAUGGAUAGGGCUCAUCGAAUCGGGCAGCAGCGGGCAGUGAAUGUUUAUCGUUUGAUCCAUGAACACACAGUCGAAGAAAAAGUGCUGGAAAGAGCAAACUUAAAACUACAACUCGACACCGCAGUAAUUCAGCAGGGGCGACUGCACGAAGGCAGACAGCGGCAGCCGGAGAUGAGUGCGAGUGCGCUGUUGAAGAUGGUUCAGUUUGGGGCUGAGCACAUCUUCAAGCCGGCGCAGCAAAACGAACUCACUGAAGAAGAGCUCGACGCGAUACUCGCCAGAGGGCAGGAGCGCACGGAGCAGAUGCAUGCGAUGCUGCAGCAGCAAGUGCGGCGUUCUUUGCUGGACUUCAGCAGCAGCAGCAGUAGCAGCAGCAGCAGCCUCUACGAAGCAGAUGACCUCUGCUACCCUGAAGAGAGAAAAGCAGCAGAUAGAGAAGCCUGGGCAGCAAUCGCACAGGAGCAGCUUGCUGCUUCUGCUGAGAGAGACAGCCGCAGAAGGCUGCGCGGCAGCUAUAAAGAUGCUGCUGCAGCAGCAGCAGCAGAGCAGCAACAGCAGCAGCAGCAGCAAAACAACAAAGAGAGAAGCAAACCCGCUCAUAUCCCCAGGAUACCCAAGCUGCCUACUAUGCAGGUGAGAUGA